CGUGUCGCCCAUCAUUAAUGUCGUCCUUCCGCGUACUACGCUCUAUGCGGAUAUAUGCUUUCGUCCGCGAUCGUCCAGUACCCCCACUGAACCACUGGACACGGUCAAGUAGCGAAAAAUUAUGUCGUCCCAGCAUGCGGAGAUGGUUACAUGGCUCGCAGAUACAGCGUCAUGGGAAUGUGACCAGACCAGCACCUGGUACUGGAAUCAAAUUGCAUUUCAAAGAUGCGAAGGGUAAUUUGUUCAAGACCAUAGAAGCAAACGAGGGUGAUGAUAUCCUAUCACUCGCACAUGAGCAUGACAUUGACCUAGAAGGCGCAUGUGAAGGGUCAGUUGCCUGUUCGACAUGUCAUGUUAUUCUCUCGCCCGAGCAUUAUGAUCUACUCCCCGAGCCAUCUGACGAUGAAAAUGACAUGCUCGACAUGGCGUUCGGUUUAACAGACACAAGCCGUCUUGGAUGUCAGGUGCAAGUGACGCGCGAAUUGGAUGGAAUGACAGCAACGCUACCAAGUGCGACGCGGAACAUGUUUGUGGAUGGGAAGAAGCCCACGCACCAUUGAUAUGAUAGUACAUACUAAAAUAGUCUGCUGACAAGUAGAUACGUACUUUGUGGAAGAAGUACUGAUGGCCAUGCGGGCGGUGAUGAGCGGUGUGGACAACGUCAAUCCAGUACUUCAUAGAUUGAUUGAGAUACCGGAACCCCCGGGCUGUGCGCAUGUAUAGAUGUUAUAUUGAUUAUUAGUUAAACGGAUUCUUGGCUAAAAUUACGAUAUCGAUUGACCAGUGCCA